GAGUGCUGCUAAAUAAUUACUCAAGAUUGUAGUACUGAGUAACUUGUUAUUUAUAUACUGUUAAGCACGCUUGUCAAGAACUGCCAUUAAGUCGUAAUCUUUGAUCCAUUUUUUUUUUCUGUUUAGAAGAAUUUGAGGUCAGAGACGAUGCUUCAAGGCCCGCUUUGUCAAAUAAAUUUUCUGUCGCCCCUGUUACGAUCUACUUGUUGUAUACAUCUAUUACUAUCAUGAGCAGCUUGACCUCUAUUGAAGCCAAACUUGAAGCAGAAUCUAAAGCUUUCCAACUAUUACAAAAAGAGCUCGCUCAAGUCAUUGAAAACAGACAACGUUUAGAAUCACAACAGCAAGAAAAUGAGCUUGUCAACACUGAAUUUAAGCAUCUUGAUGAAGAAAGCAAUAUUUACAAAUUAGUUGGUCCUGUCCUUGUCAAGCAAGAUAAGGCUGAAGCAGCUACCAAUGUCAAGAACAGAUUGAACUUGAUCUCGAGUGAAAUUAAACGCGUCGAGACUCAACUUGCUGAAUUGACACAAAAAGCAGAAACUAAAAAGCAAGAGAUUGCUCAAUUACAAAUGCAAUAUCAACAAUUGGCAGCAAACAAAUAAUAAAAAAGA